UUCCUUGUUGCAAGCUGCAAAAACAGCACAGUAAUUGCAACCUAUCUGAAGAUGUCAUGCAAAACUAGAGUAGAGGAGAGGCAUGACCACUUCCUGCCUCUUACAGACUCAUUUGUUUGACAUGUAACUGACGAUACGCGCGUUACUCUUACACUUCUGCUAAUCCGAAAAAAAGAGAGAGACUUAUCUACACAGCCUCGUGUCGUCGUUCUAGUUGGCUUCUCCAGCCGUCUAUAGGCGCUCAUGCUAUCAUUCACCAGCCUUAAGGCAAAAACUCGCAGUGUUUAAGCUCAACAGCUUCAGGCUCUGUAAGUGUCAGUCUCCUGCUUUCAGGUGAUUAAUGGAGUCCAAGGGAGCACCGGAAGGCAGAAGCCGGACUGGACACCGACCAGGUCAGUGCACUCCCAUGCCUUCUCCACCUUUGGGGACACUUACACUAGUGGCUGGAAAUGGGACCAGUGUGGGCACAGUGAUGACCUUACUGUGCCCUGUUAAGCAUCGUGCCGUCAGUGGUGGCCGAAUUUCCUGUGUGCAGGAAACUAACGGCACAGAGUGGACCGGGGGUACCCCUGAGUGUAAACCACUCUUAUAUGGAGACUAUGGCUUCCGCCUGGCUGUGCUUCUGUCCAUUGUCAGCGUAGCCAUCAUACUGUUGAUGAGCAUAUACUUCAUCACUUCAUGUUUGCUGAAGAGUGUGAGAAAAGACGAAAUGAGACAACUAGAAAGGGAAAGGAAGAGGGAAGCUUCCAGACUUUGGCACCAAUUAAAUCCAGAGGAACAGAGAGAAUCUUUCUACAAUCAUAAUGACAGAAUCAACCACAACAACAGCAACAACAACACCCGCAGCAGCAGCAGCAGUAGACAGGAGAAACAUCCAAGGUGUCAUCAGAAAAACAACCCUGAUCCUCUAACUAUCCACCACUCACAGCCUACCCUGGGACAAAUGCCCCCACCAAUGCUCUGUGUAUAACCAGAUACAUUAGAAGUACCAUACAACCACAUACGUCACACUUUUCACCUAUUCUCUGUGGAGGGAUAUGACCCUAACUGGAGCAAUCACCAUAGAACUGAGCUAUACCAACAGCAUCAAGCACACAUGAGGGUGCAAAGACUGGGCAGAAACUGGAGGAGCCACUCUGAAAAGGGAAACACCCACAAGAUCCACAAAUCUGGGGUGUAUCUGUAUAAAGCUUGUUCAGCAGCAAUGAUUGGUGAACCAUUAAUAUACUUAAUUUGAAUCAACAUUGCUGUGUUUUUACAAUGAACUUUGGGUCCUUUAGUUUGUAAUUGUUGUACCAUGUGAUGCAAACUUGCAAACUAUGAUAAAGAAAAAAAUCCAGGGGGAAACAUAGCUGCUCUUGUAAUCUAAACUAGAUUUUAAUCAUAAUCUACACACAUCUGGGUAUUGUUUUGAGAGGCUUCAAACUAUUACACUAUAUGGCACAUAUGUGCUUGUUGAACAUCCUAUUCCAAAGGAAUGGCAUUAAUAUGGAGUUGGUCCCCCAUUUGCCGGAGCAGCAAGCCUAUUCUGGGAAGGCUUUCCACUAGAUUUUUGAAUGUUGCUAGGGGAUUUGUGCCCGUUAACCCACAAGAGUAUUAGCAGGGUUGGGCACUGUCGGGUAAGGAGGCCUGGUGUGGAGUCGGCAUUCCAGUUGAGUUGAGUGCUUCCAAAUCAACCUUGGCAAACCAUGUCUUUAUGGACCUCACUUUGUUUUGAGGGGCAUUCUCAUGCUGGAAUGUGUUUGGGCCUCUUAGUUCCAGUGAAGGGAAAUCAUAAUUCUACAGCGUGCAAUGACAUUCUAGACAAUCGGGUGCCUCCAACUUAGUGAAAAGUUUGGGAAGGCUCACAUAUAUGUAGGGGUCAUGGUCAGGUGUCCACAUAUAGUGUAGUAUGGCAUUUUACUUUUUGAAAAUCAUCAAUCACUAAAAAUAUAAGGGUAAGUGAGGUAUAUUACUAUCAUUGCAGGUGCAGUAGCCUGAUAGAUAUGACAUCUUAAUAAUAAUUCUUUAUAUAUCAUAUAUUUUAAACAGGAAGAGAGAAAAAAGUGAAAAUGUCAGCUACAACAAAUAGACUACAGAUUGAUUUAUAUUUCUUUGUGCAUAACAUCUAGACUAAGGCAUAAUUUAGAAUAGAGUAGAACAUGCUCAUCUUUGUAUAUACAUCAGCAACAUGGUGGAAACUAGUCAUUGUAGCCUAAUAUUAUAUACCAAUACUACUACUGCUAAUAAUAAUAAUAAUAAUAAUAAUAAUAAUAAUAAUAAUGUUGGUGAUGAUGAUGAUUUAUAAUAGUUUUUUUAAGGGGUGGCAAUAAUUUUUGAGUGUAAUUGCUUGGCCUCCUUUCUAAGCUCUAUAUGGGACUGGUCGCCCCCAAGACCAAACUGAACACAAAAGACAGAUCUGUAAAGACAGAUUGUCCAGUGCUGUGGCCCCCAAACUAAAAUUUCCUCUGGGAUGGUUGUCUAUGCCCUAUUAUAAGACACAGGUGUAGACUUAACUUUUUCUCCUAGACAUUUGUUAAUUAGAAUGUACUGUACAUUCUAUAGCAAACAUGGCAUUUAAAACAUAUGUAUCACAUAAUUAAUGUUGGAGAACUGACUUUAUGAAUCUUGGGUCAUUUGGGUUUUUCUGUCAUGGGUGCUCUGUGAAUGUGGAGGGUCAGAAAAAUCAUAAACCCUUUGAGCAUACUCUUCCAAUUUUAUAUCAGUAGCUAAGCUUUUGCUGCAGUAUUCAGUGCUAUUUACAACUGUUUGUCCUCAUUGCUUUCCCUGUUGCUGACAGUCAGGCAAAGGCAACCGAUUCAGUGGAGGUUGGUUUGCUUCAAAUUCCACAGAUUCACAACUUUAUUUAAGCUGCAUAGUUUCACCAAUUUGCAAAACCAAACAGGAGAGAAAUUGUAUGUGUAUUUUAAAUAAUAUUGGGAAGUGGCCUAUUAAAAAUGUGCAUUAGCUUCUUAAACAUACUAACAACUUUAGCACUCUGACUGAUAUUGUAUUGUAAUGCAUUGUAUUGAUAUUGGAUCAUCAAGCAAAAUUAAAUAUAAACUUCAUGGAA